AUGAUGAACGAGACUGAUUUCGCAAGCCUACCUGUGAUCAACUACGUUGAAGCUGUGUUAAUUGUGUUCACAUUUGUCAUGGGAUUCAUGGUCAACUUUAUGCCAUUCUUGGUAAUUAUCAGGCACAAGUCUUUUCACAACUCUUUUGGCUACAUAAUCGCUUAUAAUGCCCUUGCGAACGUAUUUGUUCUUCUGGUCAUUGGUGUUUGGGCUGCGCCUUGGACAUUGUUCGCUGUGCCAAAAAGUGUGCAAGGAGCAAACUUGUUUUUUGGUCAAACAGCUUUAUUUUUUCUCGAAGCAGGCUUCCACGGCAACCUCCUCAUCACGUUGAACAGGUUUGCCGCAGUCACAUUUCCUCUGAAAUACCGCCUGUGGUUUACGCCAAAAUCUACAAUCAUCAUGCUGAUUUGCAUGACUUGUGUACCAUUGGCGUACUCGACAAUUUUUUUCAUAGGCGUUCCUGACAUCAGUGGUAUACUCGCUUAUGCUACUGUGUUUCAAUUUGACUAA